UCAUCUCCUGCUCCUUGCCUCCUCUCCCUCUCUGUUUCUGAACACAUGGCUAUGAAAACUCCUCACACACUGCUGCUUUGCCUGUCAUGGCUGCUCAUAUUAGUUUUCAUAACAUGUGUUUCUGCAACAAGAGGACGGAGGCUCGGUGUGGUUGAUAGACGAAUUACAAGGGAGAAGAACAAAGUCGACAACGAUGCUGCUUACUUCAAGACCUUUUUCCACGCACAAACGCUUGACCAUUUCAAUUAUAGGCCUGAAAGCUACACCACCUUUCAACAUAGAUAUGUGAUUAAUUUUAAGCACUGGGGUGGUGCAAAUUCUAGUGCCCCAAUCUUUGUUUGGCUCGGCGAGGAGUCACCUUUGGAUGGUGAUAUUUCUCCAAGCUUGCUCGACAAUAUUGCCCCUCGAUUCAAGGCUCUUGUAUUGUACAUAGAGCACCGUUACUAUGGAAAAUCAAUACCUUUUGGGUCAAGGAAAGAAGCAUUCCAAAAUGCAAGCACUCUUGGGUACUUCAGCUCUUCCCAAGCUCUCGCGGAUUAUGCUGAGGUGAUUAUUGGUGUGAAGAAAAAUUUGUCUGCAGAGGCCAGCCCUGUUAUUGUCUUUGGAGGAUCCUAUGGUGGAGAGCUUGCGACAUGGUUUCGACUGAAAUAUCCUCAUGUCGCCUAUGGAGCACUUGCAUCAUCAGCACCAAUUCUUUACUUUGACAACAUCACCCCUGAAGAUGGAUAUUACAGUGUUGUCACCAAGUCUUUCAGGGAAUCAAGUGAGAAUUGCUACAAUACGAUACGGCAAGUGUGGUCCAAAAUUGACAAAAUUGCCUCCAAUGCCGAAGGUCUUAAAUUCCUCAGCCACAAGUUCAAGACUUGCCAACCAUUGAACGAGUCCUCACAGCUCAAGGAAUAUUUAGACAGUUUAUACACAGGAGCUGCACAAUAUAAUAGUCCUGCGGAAUCUCCAGUUUCAUUGAUUUGUAGAGCAAUAGAUGAAGCAUCCAAAGGGACUACCGAUAUUCUAAGUCGGGUAUUUGCAGGUGUGGUUGCUUAUCAUGGAAACAAAUCAUCAUGCACUAGUAUAAAUGAAUUCAACACAACUGAUGAAUCAACUCAGGGUUGGGCUUGGCAGACAUGUAGUGAAAUGGCAAUGCCAAUUGCCCGGGGUACCAGCAAGGAGAGCAUGUUCCCGGCGGAGACAUUCAACUUCACCAGCUUCAUAGAAGACUGUAAGAAUAAAUAUGGUGUUAGCCCUCGGAUUCAUUGGAUCACUACUGAAUUUGGUGGUCAUGAUAUCAAGAGGGUUCUUAAGAGGUUUGGAAGCAACAUCAUAUUCUCCAAUGGACUGAGUGACCCAUAUAGCAGUGGAGGGGUGUUGAAAAGCUUAUCUCCCACCCUUAUAGCUGUUCAUACAAAGCAAGGAUCUCAUUGCUUGGAUUUAGGUCCUUCAUCACCCAAGGAUCCAAAGUGGUUAGUCCAGCAAAGAGCCAAAGAGACCAAAAUAAUUGCCGGAUGGUUGUCAAAGUAUUAUAUAGAACUUGCAGCAAAAGUAUGAAAGGACCAAAAUUUCUUCGAUCUUAUGGUCUGGACAGAAGAAUUAUCAUGUAAUUAGUUUUUUAGGAAACUUUUUAAACAUGAUCAAAAAAGAAUUACACA